AUGCCUCUCUUUGCCACAGUUUUCAAGAAGUCGACACAGCCACAGUGUUACAAGACGCUAGCUCAUUUAACCACAUACAGUGGUUCCAUUCAUGCACUUGCCAUUUCUAAUGAUGGGUGUAUUCUUGCAGGUGGUGUGUGGGCCACAACGAGGCAAACCACAGCCGCAGUAGAGACCCUCUGUUACGGAACAGGCCUGGGUUAUAUCACAUUUUUGCGACAUGGUCUCAUAGAUAACAAUUUUCAGGAGAUUUGCGCAAGGAGACUUGGAUCAGUUGGAAUAAGAGACAAGGUGGUUCAAGUUCUCAUGCUCAAUACGAGCACACAGCUCCAGUCCAUCUUUGCAGUGCAGCUUGAAAAUACAGUACCCAAGUCUGUAGCAUUUGCGGAUAACAGAGUCAUCUAUGUCUUCAGGCUGUAUGAUGGCAAAUUCAUGAAACUGGAGGAAGAAGAUGGUACUAUAGUGGAAGAGAUUAGCUGUAAAUCAAUGAUCCACACAGCGGUGCACCAAAAGCAUGGGAUUUUCAUUGUAGACAAUGCAACUGAUGGCUUUACAUUGUAUUGCCUCGAAGGCAAGGGGGAGCCCCUUCGAACAUUCGUGACUGCUUUGCCAAGAGUGAAGAUGGGGCAGGUACUCGAAACCCUCCAUCAUGCAGAUGCUGGCCUGGUGCAAACAAUAGCUGCACACGAUCUUGAUGGCCGCUGCACAAUUGCCUGUGCUUUGCCGUCAGGCCGGGAGAAAACUACAAUCAAGAUAUGGGUACAUGACUAUGUGGUGCAGAAGGUAUCCAAGACUCCUCCACAGAACUAA